AUGAAGUGGUUAAUUCUGGUAGUUUUAAUCCUUACCGUCAUCUUCGAAUUUUCGUCGGCUGAAUCUUCAAUUCGAGCAAGCCGCGUUAAGCGCUACUAUGGAAUGGGUUAUCCUGGUAUGGGAUACGGAAUGGGAAUGGGACAUUAUGGAAUGAUGCCACCCUAUGGUGGAUAUGGAAUGGGAUUUGGAAUGAGACCGUAUGGAAUGUGGGGCUAA